AUAGUAUUUAAGCCACAAUAGCCGAGCAAGUCGCAAUCAUUCGCUCAUCAUCCACUCAACGGAAUCGAAAUGUGCUUCAGAUAUAGCUUCAGUUUCAUAGUUAUCGCGGCUGUUCUGCUUCUGGCAGCCGGAAUCCGGGCAGCUCCCUCGGAUGUGGUGGUGGAGAAGGCGGAGGAUCCUGCGGUGGCCAACCCGCUGCCGGAUGCCAGUGAGCUCACUGUUCCGGAGGACUGCCAUCAGCCCAAGGAAACCGGUCGCUGUUUCGCCCUGUUCUAUCGCUAUGCCUACAACGUGGAUACCCAAUCCUGCGAGGAGUUCGUCUACGGAGGAUGUGCCGGCAACAAGAACAACUUCGAGUCCAAGGAGCAGUGCGAACAGGCCUGUUUGGCCAAGUCGGCGGGUUCCGACUCAACCACCGAACAAAACAGCGAAGUGACCACCAACACUAGCACUUCGUCAUAAGAAUUUAAAGUUAUUUGUUUAUAAUUUAUUUGCCAUCCAAUUUCAUCAGCCGUUUAAGCAUUAUUUCACUGAGUUGAUUUUUUGAAUAUUUUGAUUAUACUUUUUAAAUAAAUAUACCAUUGUGAUUUAAACAUA